AUGAUCAAACGACGUAACGUUGAAAAGACAUCGUCUGUCUCCAAAGGCACAAAAAACUAUGGCACGCCCUACAUACACUUUGUGCUAUCUCUCUCUUUACUUUGGGUAUGCAAUGCACUUGCUGUAGGGCCUACCCUCUCUUCUUUAACUGUUGAAAACCGGGUUGAACCACUCGGAAUCGAUGUAAACCCUCGUUUCUCAUGGAUUAUAUCCUCUUCGAUGGAUAACGAUGCCCAAAAGUCAUAUCGACUGCGGGUCUCAUCUGGGACAACGCCCACAGACAGCGAACUCUGGGAUACAGGAACCAUUUCAUCGACAAGGUCAUAUCUCGUUGAAUAUGGCGGACCCGCCCUGGCGUCUGAUACCCAAUAUUCAUGGACCGUCGAGGUCACGACCGCCUCAGGCAGUACCUCUGCAUCAUCUUUGUUUUCCACCGGAUUGUUGACUAACAACGACUGGGGAUCCAGUUUGUGGAUUGGCAAGCAGGCACAGGCAGACAGCCCACCCGCUGACUUAGUUUCGUCUUUCCUUAACUCGUCCUGGAUAUGGACGUCUGAGGCCAAUCCGCCAAAUGCUCCCCCUGGAGAUAGAGCUUUCCGACGUACCUAUGUUCCUCCACCUGGACGACGUGCAGUGUCUGCAGAGAUCUUAAUAACUGCGGACAACCAAUUUACAAUCUAUGCGGAUGGCAAAUUUGUGGGGCCUUCCCAUACGGCUUUAAACUGGCAAAAUGCCCAGUAUUUUACUAUUCCUUUAUCUUCUAGCUCUCCCUCUUUUGCUGUGCGGGCCACCAACCUUGCCGAUCCCGGGACAGGAGGAGAUGGUCCGGCAGGUUUGCUCGUGUCAAUCAAGGUCCAUCUCGAUAACGGCAACGCGGAUUUUGUGACUACUGAUUCCAGUUGGCUAUCAGAUAAAUCAAUUCCAGAUGACUGGAACGCGAUCAAUGCAUCGACCACAGGAUGGGAUCCUGCCAGUAUUUUAUCACCGUACGGACAAGGGCCAUGGUCAAACCAUGUUGUAACUCCUGCAUCCAUUACUGCGCCUGUCUUGACGUUUGCUCAGUCAAACUGGAUUUGGUCAUCCGAAGUUGAUCCUCUACUGGCUCCACCUGGAACGCGAGCGUUUCGAAAGACUUUCACGGCGCCCAGUGGCAAGACCCUGCAGUCAGCUACAAUCCUGAUUACAGUGGACAAUGAUUUUAAACUGUACGUCAACGGUGGCCUUAUUGGCGUUUCACCUAACGACACAGAUUGGACUUCAGCACAGAAGUUCAUUGUCAAUCUCACCGGUUCUUCAGUCGUAUUUGCUGUCCUCGCAAACAACCAACCGGAUAAAACUUCAGGAGGUCCAAAUCCAGCGGGCCUUCUGAGUGCAAUACAAAUUGCCUUCACUGACACCUCUACGCAGGCCAUAGUUUCAGACAAUUCAUGGCGUGUUGAUGCCACUGUUCCAAGUGGAUUCGAGCUGCCAUCCACGGACGACUCCUCUUGGCCUUCUGCAACAUCCAUCGGGCUAUAUGGAAUAGGACCAUGGGGCACUGGAAUCAAAGUAUCAGAGUCACUCACCGAGCAUCCUGCUCCUCUCCUGCGCAAAGAGUUUACCGUAUCCAAGCCUAUUUCGUUCGCACGGCUGUACUAUGCAGCUGGGGGCUACGCCAGUAUUACGAUAAAUGGUGUACCCGCUUCCGACCAUGUUUUGACUCCAGGAUUCACCAAAUACGAUACCGAACUUCAAUAUGUCGCACUCAAUGUCAGCUCACUCCUCAAAGGCGGCACAAACGCAAUUGGGACCGAGCUGGGAAGAGGACAUUAUGGUGUAACCCAGGGAAGCGUUUGGAACUGGGAUUCUGCGCCAUGGCACGGUGAACCACGGGUUCGCAUGGUGCUUUCCAUUGGAUUCACGGAUGGGACAUUAUCUAGGGUCGUUACUGAUGAUACUUGGCAGGUUAUUGAAGGUCCUACGCGCCUGGAUGACAUCUUUGGAGGGGAAAUUUUUGAUGCCAGCUACAUACAGGAGGGAUAUGACUUGCCUGGAUUCGAAGCCAAAGGAUGGGGUCAAGCGGCGAUAAUGACCGCUCCAUUUGGAGUUCUUAUCAACCAAAAUCAGCCUCCUACGCGCGUCGUUCAAAGCUUGACUCCAAUAGACAUCACUCAACCUCAACCAGGUAUCUUUGUGGCUCAUUACGAACGUGUGGUGUCCGGAUGGGUCAGGUUCACUGCGUCUGGUCCCACUAAAACGCUCAUUAUUCUCCACUUUGGCGAGAAAUUGAAUACCGAUGGAACAGUGGUCUACCAAGAUACUCAGCAAUAUUACGCAAAUAACUUCCAAACAGAUCGGUUUUGGCUAGCUGGAAAGGGCACCCCUGAGACUUUCGAACCAAAGUUCAGCUACAAGGGCUACCAAUAUGUUCAGAUUGAAGGAUGGCCCAGUGGCACACCGCCGCCUGCUCCGGAAAAUGUUAUUGGCCGUGUUGUUCACGAUGAUCUCACACCUCGAGGGGGGUUUCAAUCUUCUAGCGAUCUCCUAAACAAGAUGCACACAGCCGCUGUAUUCACGCUUCUCAACAACGUACACAGCAUUCCCACUGACUGUCCAACGUUUGAGAAAAAUGGGUGGACUGGCGAUGCAAUGCUCGGCACGGAAAUGUUCCUACUUAACCUCGAUUCGCAAGAUCUUCUCUCGAAGUAUGUCAGAGAUAUCGAUGAAAGCCGCUCAAAAGGAUCUGGCGCACCUGCAGUGGUUGUCCCGGAUAGCGGAUGGGGUGCAAACAAUCAAGCACCUACCUGGCACUCCGCAUUUAUCUUGAUUCCGUGGUGGAUAUAUCAGUAUCGCGGUGAUCAGAGGAUCCUAGCAAAUCAUUACGACAGCAUGAAGAAUUACGUUAAUUUCGAACUGGGACGAUCUUCAAACAACAUCGCUCAAACUACAUUGGGCGACUGGGACACACCAGAAACAAGUCCCCUGGGAGGUAAUCCACCAGAAGACUCUCGAGUCUCUGCAACAGCAUUCCUAUAUAAAAUGCUAACAGUUAUGAGCGAAAUCGCUUCGGUACUCAAAAAGGAUUCGGAUUCAUCGACGUUCUCAAAUCAAGCACAAGAUGUGAAGACUGCGUUCAACAAUGCUUUCUUGAACCCAAAUACUGGAUACUACACCGGUGUAGGAGACUCCGGAUACCGUCAAACCCACAACAUUCUCGCACUCGCGUUCGGACUUGCCCCUAAUGCGAGUAUUCAGAAAGUCGCAGAUAGCAUAUCUCAAAAUAUCUCCUCCAUCGGAACGCACCUCAACACCGGUGCCCUAGGGACAAAAUUCCUACUUCCUGUAUUAACUGAUUUUGGCCAUGGCGAUACCGCUUUUGCUGUGUCGCAACAAACAACCUUCCCCAGUUGGGGAUACUGGAUUCAAAAUGGAGCAACCACAAUGUGGGAACAUUGGCUCUUGACCGCUCGCUCUCGUGAUCAUCUCUUCCUGGGAACAUUUGAAGACUGGCUAUACAAGCAUGUCGCCGGUAUUCAGGCAAUCGCAUGGACAGUGACUCCUUUUGGAAACCUGAGCGUUGAGUGGUCUAAAGACUCAGGACGGGCUACUGUAAAUGUUGUCGUUCCUGUUGGGGUGACGGCCGUGGUUAAUAUACCCGGUGUCAACAAUGCUACUGUUGGAUCCGGAACACACACUUUUGUGUCGUCGAAAUUGCAAGCUUCCUCAAGUUUAGAGAUUGAAUAA